CGCACCGCCUCCCUCGCUGCCCUUUCGCCCCUUCCAACUCCUCCUGCUCCUCCCCGCGGCCCGAGCUGCCGCUGCCCCCGCCCCUUUAAGGCAGCCGGGGCCGCCUUCCCGCGGCGGCGGUGAGGUGUGGGGGAACAUGGCGGCUGCUGCGGGCUGGGCCGUGCUGGGCCUCGCGCUGUGGCUGUGCGCGGUCGCCGGCGAGCCCGAGGGGAAGCAGCGGGCAGGGCCGGCCAAGAAGAAGGACAUUCGGGACUACAACGACGCGGACAUGGCUCGGCUGCUGGAGCAGUGGGAGAAAGAUGAUGACAUCGAAGAAGGAGAUCUUCCUGAACACAAGAGGCCUCCAGCACCAAUAGAUUUCUCAAAAAUUGAUCCAGGCAAGCCUGAAAGUAUCCUGAAGCUGACGAAGAAGGGGAAGACUUUGAUGAUGUUUGUCACAGUGUCAGGAAAUCCCACAGAAAAAGAGACAGAAGAAAUCACUAGCUUGUGGCAGGGCAGUCUCUUCAAUGCAAACUAUGAUGUGCAAAGGUUCAUUGUUGGCUCAAAUCGUGCCAUCUUUAUGCUGCGUGAUGGUGGGUAUGCCUGGGAGAUCAAAGACUUCCUGAUAAGUCAAGAAAGGUGUGCGGAUGUUACUCUGGAAGGUCAGGUUUAUCCUGGCAAAGGAGGAGAAGAAAAUGAGAAAAUGAAAAACAAAACAAAACCUGAAAAAGCAAAGAAGAAAAAAGACGCAGACAAGAAAUCUAACAGCAUCAAAGAGGACAACCGAGCAACCAACCAGAGAGAGGAUCUAUGAUGGAUGUGUUAACCAGACUGAAUACUGUUCCUUGAACAGAAACUAAAUUUCCAUGCAAUUCCUGGGUUUACUGGGGAGGGGGGAGAAAGGAAGCAGAGAUUACUGAGGUUAAAAGACUUUUAUGUUGGAAUUCACCAGUUUACUUACUAAUAUUGGCCAUUUGUUUAGUUGCAGGAUAGGUAAUGUUUAAUACUUUAGUUUGUAAUUUUGUAUGCUUUUGUGUUAAAAUUAACAUACAAAUCUGUGUGUCUAACACUGCAAACUUAAAUUAGGUGGAAAAGAAGAAACAGUCUCAGAAUACACUGAUACUCAUCUUUAGUAUCCACAUACAUCUUGGCUGUGCAAGUUGGUCAUUGAUUUGUAACUGCUGAUGGACAGCAGAAUGCAGUACUAAUACAUUCUCUUGGAAGUCAGUUUGCUAGAGUCAGUUGCAAAACUGCAUAAAAGUACAAAGAAUAGUGGUACACUGGCCAAAGAUGCAUGAAAUUACAGGGUUUAGGACAUGUCUGGUUAGGCUGCCUGCUUCUUUAAAAUAAACAAGACCUCUUCUGUUUGUCCCAAGAAAUCCAUGGAAAUUCUUAGAAGCAGGAUAGAAGCUAAGCAGAGAACUUGGCUAAUUUAUUCCAAAUCAGUGCAGAAAAGAGAUUCUGUACCGUUCAUAGUGAUGCUGGGUUGUUAAUGAAAUUACAUCACCCUCAUGAGCAGUGUCAGGGCAAAAGGAAGGUCAGAUUCAUGGCAUUCAGGUUGCUGCUGCUGCCAAAGAACUGUGCCUCUGGAAGCAGGUGUUAUGUAUGCCCUAUUAUCUAGACAGUAGAUUUUAACUCGGAAAUUAAUUUGGUUUACUCAUUUAAGGGUUUGCUUAAAUCUUUGAAAAAGCACUAGGUGCUGUGCAGAGCUCAACUUUGAGUUAGACAUAUCCCUUCCUGAUGUUUAAUAACCAGAUUAUUAUUUUUUGUUUGGGUAUAGAUUGCUGACUGACAUGGUUGAUUGUGAAAAAAACACACAUUGAUUUAAAUAAUCUGAGGUUUGAUGUAUGGGAGCAAAUACAAUUUCUCCUUGACAUACUUUGUAUAAUUUGGAAUGUUUUAUUAUUAUUCAGAUUGUAUUCUGUCAAAUUCAUUACUUAGAAUUGUUGCCCUUCUGCCUUACUGCCUAUUAGGGACUAAAUGCACCUUGUAUGUGUGGUCCACAUCAUUUUCCAGAGGAUGAGCACAGUAUUUUCUAUCUUCAUUCAAUACUACUAAGAUGUUACUUUGACUCUCUCUUUAAGGUGCUAAAAUCCAAAUGUUUUGGAUAAAAGGUCCUAAUUGAACCAUAAUGGUUAAUCUCAUGGAAUACUUCAGUAUCAAAGUGGGAAACUGAUCUGUUGAGUACUUGUCCUAAAAUAAAAGAUGUGACUAAACUUACUGUUUCACUGAGUAGUAAAGCCUUUUAAAUAAUUAAUGCAUUGAGUUAGUUAUUCGGGAGAGACACAAAUUCAUCUUUGGUUUCUGUACAUAAGGACUAAAUGAUGUUGCUGAAGGUUCCAGGUGAUUGGGUUUAUUUAAUUUUAAUUAUAUUUGUAUGAAUUUAGGAUUAAAGAAAUCUUUCUGGCCACACUUCGUUAAACAGGCCUGUGACUAUUUGAAUAGAAAAUGAAAUCAUGUAUUUCUUCAGGAUUAACUGUAUUACUUUUAAAUUGUACUAUUAAUCCAAACAUGUAACGGAGUUGAGAAGAGUCUCAGUAGAUGUUUGGGUAUUGCAUUGCAUCAAGAUGUGCAGUCCAUUUCUUGUUCAUUACUCAUUUAUCAUUUUGUCAAGUGUUCUUGGUUUGCACCUGCCUUUUUUUACGGAGUGUUGCUUCUCACCUUUAGAGAUGAGCAAAGGUCAGAUGAAACAAUAAAUACAAAAUAUUAA